CAACAAUACCCCAAGGAGGAGUCCGUCUGAAUCGGAGAAGAAUGGACAGGUGGAAUGCUGGCCUUUGUAGGAAUGAUGCUAAUACAAAAUGUGAAUACAAAAUGUUGUUUGAAACCAAUAGCGCUAGGGUAAAGGGCCUAAGCUUUCAUCCCAAAAGGCCAUGGAUCCUUGCCAGUCUUCACAGCGGAAUCAUUCAGUUAUGGAACUAUCAGAUGGGGACUUUGAUAGGCAGAUUUGAUGAGCAUGGUAGGCGGCCUGUUCGAGGAAUACAUUUUCACAAUUCACAUCCAUUAUUUGUGUCUGGAGGUGAUGAUUCCAAGAUAAAGGUCUGGAACUACAAGAUACGGCGAUGCCUUUUUACACUACUAGGGCACCGUGACUACAUUCGCACAGUUUAUUUCCAUAACGAGUAUCCUUGGAUUGUUAGUGCAAGUGAUGAUCGGACCAUAAGAAUCUGGAAUUGGCAAUCUCGAGAUUGCAUAUCUGUUCUUUAUGGUCACAGUCAUUAUGUGAUGUGUGCCUCUUUUCAUCUCAAAGAGGAUCUGGUUGUUUCUGCAUCAUUGGAUCGAACUGUUUGUGUAUGGGAUGUAAGUGCUGUAAGGAAAAAAACUGUUUCUCCUGCUGACGAUAUCUUGAAGCUGACGCAGGUGAGCACUGAUCUCUUUGGAGGUGGUGAAGGUGUUGUGAAGUAUGUUCUUGUGGGACAUGAUCGUGGUGUAAACUGGGCCUCAUUUCAUCCCAGCUUACCGUUAAUUGUGUCUGCUGCAGAUGAUUACCAAGUCAAACUUUGGCGGAUGAAUGAUACAAAUGCUUGGGAAGAUGACACUCUAAGAGGACAUACGCACUAUGUGUCUAGUGUGUUGUUCCAUGCAAGCCAAGACAUUAUUGUUUCAAAUUCUGAAGAUAAAAGUAUCCGAGUGUGGGAUAUGUCCGAGCGUACAAUUCUCCAAACUUUUCGUAGAGAGCGUGAUCGGUUUUGGAUUCUUUCUGCACAUCCAGAAGUGAAUCUUCUGGCAGCUGGGCAUGACCGUGGGAUAAUUGUCUUCAAAUUGGACAGAGAGAGGCCUGCCUAUGAUGUCUCUGGGGGCUCACUACUAUAUAUCAAGGAUCGUUUUCUGCGUACUUAUGAUUUUGCAACUCAAAAAGACAAUCCCUUAAUACCAAUUCGCAUACCUGGUUCCAGUGGCCCAAAUCAGGGGCCAAGAUCUUUGUCAUAUGGUCCAACAGAAUGUGCUGUUUUAAUAUGUUCAGAUGUUGAUGAUGGUGCCUAUGAGCUUUAUGUUGUGCCAAGGGCUAAUCUUGGUAGAAGUGAUUCAGUACAUGACGCAAAGAGAGGAAUAGGAGGAUAUGCUGCGUUUGUUGCAAGGAAUAGGUUUUCUGUUCUUGACAAGAGUAAUCAGGUUACUAUAAAGAACUUGAAAAGUGAGGUGACAAAAAAGUGCGAUUUUCCUUUCAGUGCAGACACAAUUUUCUUUUCAGAGACAGGUAACCUGUUUUGUAGAUCAGAAGAUAGUGUAAUUCUUUUCGAUUCACAACAGAGAACAAACUUAGGGGAAAUUCGGGCACCAAAUGUCAAUUACAUAGUUUGGUCAAAUGAUAUGGAGAAUGUAGCCUUUCUUAGUAAGCAUGUAAUCAUUAUUGCAAGCAAGAACUUGUCAGAGAGAUACAAAUUACGUGAGACUAUACGUGUUAAGAGUGGGACUUGGGAUGACAACAGCAUUUUUAUUUACUCAACUUUGACUCACAUAAAAUAUUGUUCACCAAAUGGAGAUGGUGGUAUCAUCAGAACACUUGAUGUUCCAGUAUACAUAACAAAGGUUUCUGGAAGUUCUCAUUAUUUCCUAGAUAGAGAUUUUAACAACCGAAUUGUACAGAUAGAUACUAGAGAGUGUGUAUUCAAGCUGGUAAUGAUGAAGAAGAAAGAUGAUGAGGUGAUGAGCAUCAUUAGGAAUUCUCAGCUCUGUGGACAGGCCAUCAUAGUUUACCUGCGACAGAAGGGAUUUCCAGAGGUGGGCCUUCCCUUUGCUAGAGAUGAGAGAACUCAAUUCAACUUUUCCGUGAAGAGUGGAAACAUUCAAAUAGCUAUUGUUUCUGCAAAAGAGAUUGAUGAGAAGGAACACUGGCAUAAGCUAGGAGUUGUAGCCCUUCGGCAGGGCAAUGCUCGUAUUGUAGAGUAUGCAUAUCAAAGGACAGAGAAUUUUGAACGGUUUUCCUUUUUGUAUCGGAUUAGUGGUAAUUUAGAUAAUUUGGCAAAGAUGUUGCGGAUAUCCGAAAUAAACAAAACUACAAUGGGCCACUUUUCAAAUGCAUUGUAUUUGGGUGACAUUAAAGAGCGCAUCAAGAUUUUGCAGGAUAUUACUGCAUUUGUUCAUUGCCUUACGGAUAUUAUUUGUUAUAAUAAGUCAAAACUGAAUUGGCAUAUGUGUUGCGAAUGUAUCAAAGAGUUCUAG